CAUAGCUCGCCGGCUGUUGAUAUUUAGAACUUAAGCUUUGGAUAACUAGCUUCAGCACGAUAAUGAAUCCUCUCUGCAACUCCUUAAAAUCCCUUUACCUACAGCCCUCCCCUAUCCACUCCAAACCAGACCUCUUCUUUUCCCACUCACUCUCACCCACUUUCACCACACCCUUCAAAACCAAAUACCCACCACGCAAAUGCCAUCUCACCGUCAAAUCCAACGCCAACGCCGUGGAAAUCGACCUGGUAAGGAACAAGCAAGGCGUUUACGCUCCCAAACAGGAAAAAGUGGUUAUCUUGUGGGACCUCGACAAUAAACCACCGCGCGGACCGCCAUACGAGGCGGCGUUGGCCUUGAAAAAAAUGGCUGAAAAUUUCGGGGAAGUCGUUGACAUGUCAGCAUACGCUAACCGUCACGCGUUCAUCCAUUUGCCUCCGUGGGUCUUACAAGAACGACGCGAGAGGAAAAGCCUCGACAUCCUCGAACGCAAAGGAAUCGUAACUCCAUCCGAACUUUACAUUUGUGGAGUUUGCGGUCGGAAAUGCAAGACAAAUUUGGACUUGAAGAAACAUUUCAAGCAGUUACAUGAAAGGGAGCGACAAAAGAAGUUAAACAGAAUGAAAUCAUUGAAAGGAAAGAAACGACAGCGGUUUAAGGAAAGGUAUAUAAGUGGGAAUCAUAAGUAUAACGAAGCGGCGAGGAGUUUGGUUACGCCGAAGGUUGGGUAUGGUUUGGCGAGAGAGCUAAGGAGAGCUGGGGUUUAUGUUAAGACAGUGGAGGAUAAGCCCCAAGCGGCGGAUUGGGCAUUGAAAAGACAAAUGCAGCAUUCCAUGAGUAGAGGGAUUGAUUGGUUAUUUUUGGUUUCGGAUGACAAGGAUUUUGUGGACAUGCUCAAGAGGGCAAAGGAGGCGAAUUUGGGGACUGUGGUUGUAGGGGAUUGGAACAGGGCUUUGGGAAGACAUGCCGAUUUAUGGGUGUCUUGGAUUGGGGUGGAAAAUGGGGAGGUUACAGAGAAAGAUUUGGUGCCUAAAAGGAGGAGGAAGAGGAGUGAGGAUGAUGGGUUGUUUUCGGUUUCAGAAUUUGAUGGUGGGAGUGUGGGGGAAUUGGAUGGGGUGGUGAAUGACCUUGUGGUAGAAAGGACUGAGUUUGGUGGUGUGAGGAUUUCAUUGUUUUCGGAAGGGGAGGAAGAUGAGGAUGAAUGGGAGAUUGAGGGAGUUGGUGAUGUAAAUUACUUUUUGGAUGAUAGUGAGGAUGAGGUGUUUUUUGAGGAAGAUGGAUAUUAUUGAUGAGUAAAGUUUGGUUAGUUAUGACAGUCCGGAAUUUUAACUUAUAUGAGGAACUUAUAUGAUUAUGGAAAUCAGGAAUUGGAACUUAUACAGGGAAGAAUGGGAAAGAGAUUGUAAUUUAUAUUAUCAGUGACUUUGCUGCUUGUUUGAUAAGAGUUAAAAAUCCUAAUGGUGGCAUUUGCUGAUUGUGGUUCUCCAUUGUCUUCAGAUUUGCUAGUGGUAUUAACAAGAGGGAAACUGCAGCAUUGCUAUGCAUUUAGAAUCAUUUUCUGGUUCAACACCAAUUUGCUAUGUGCCUCAUCUAUUUUGGUACACAAGCUGCUUUGUGUUUGUGUGUCUCGAACUUGAUCAGUGGACAGUGGUGGAACAUGGUUGCUUACUUAUUUUCAUUUUAAUUGUUUGGAUUUUUAUGUGUAAAACUUCUAAUUAUCUAUCUACCUUGUACUAAUAAAUCAUACUUUUUGCUGUCACUUUAGAUUAGUGUUUGUCUUGGUUAAUCAGAUCAAGUUUCUGUUGCCUUGCUAUGUUGAUGAACUAUUCCCGUGGGUGAUACCCAAAUGAUGUUGCCUAAUUGCUGGUUUCAUGUGUGGUCUUUUUUGUCCAAUCCAAAUGUUUGGGUGGUAACUUCAAAGUUGAAAUAGAAAAAUUUAAAAUCCUUUAAGUUAUAGCUUGGAGUUUGUUUGGGUAUGAGAAGAAGAAUAAUCAGUACUAAAAGGUGUAAAAAACAAAAAACAGAGAAUUUGAGAAUAAGAGGAUGCUGAUUCUUGAUUGAUUUGUCUCUUGCUUGUUAUUGGAGGGGAAUGAUUGCUUCUCCUUAGUCUCUGUCGACUACAAUUCUGUUAGUGUGCAUUAAGAUGCGAUACUGAAAACAGGGGUUGUGGAGUGUUGCAUAAAUAGAAGGUUUUGUGAUAAAUUUCUCCUGAAAUUCGAUUUACAAGAAGGAGCAAAUGAGGAAACGAGAAGGGAAUUAAUGGGAUGAAAAGCUUUUACUGUGUCAUUUUGGAGAUAGAAGAACAAAGGAAAUGGGCAGACAUGUUAGUUAGAAAUAUUUAAUUGUUUUACUAUUGUGCUUUGAUUGUCGCUUUGAUUGUCAUAACCUCCCUCGUCUCAGUUCAAUGUCAUGGAGUUUCAGAAAUAUCUGGUGGCCUUUAAAGGCUGUUGUCUGUAUUGAUCCUGGACGAGUUGAUUGCUCAUAAUUCCUUUUGCUGCACUAAUUGCAGGAGUUCAUGGCCCCUGACCAGCAGAGGUCCUUUCCCAGGUUUAGUGGAUCAUGACCUUUCAGCCUUUUAAUUGAUGAUAUUAGGGUCAUGUCCAAUGAUUCAGUGAAGUUCCUCCAAUCAUAGGUGAUUUAGGACAAGGAUAAAGGGAUGUUGCCACAACUUGAAAAGAAAUUGGUAGUUAUUUUGUCGAAGUAACAAAAUUAGGUCUAGACACUAUUCUUGAACCGAUUAAGAUGAUAAUGAUGAUAAAUUUUGAGAAGAAUUUGGACCUUUAAUAAAUAAAGAUUAGAAUGUUUUAUAUUUAAUCUUGAUUUGAUGGCUUUGUUAUCGGCAUCAAUAGGAUUUACUGUUCCAUAUCAAUCAGCUUUGAAGGGUUAUCAUGCUUAAUAAUUGGUCUAGUGCUCAAUCAUGCUUGCAUAAUUUCAUAGCAUAGUGGGACAUUGUCAUGGAAUCUUCUAUAGAUGAGGCCUCAGAUUUGCACUGAUCAACUAACCAAUUGAAAAACUAUGCAUUCAAGAUUUGCCUUCGAGCAUGAGUCAUGGGGCAGUCAGGCUGAAUUAUUCUGUCAUUGAUCUUUGGUUAUGUUUAGAGAUUAAGGAUGUCCUAUCUGAAUAAAGGGUAC